AUGUCCAGUAUUUGGGACAGGCUAGUCAAGAGAAGUCAGUGGUCAAAAAAAGCAGAAUAUUUCCUGUCUGUCGCUGGACAAAUUGUUGGGCUUGGGAACAUCUGGAGGUUCCCUUAUCUGUGUUACAAAAAUGGAGGAGGAGUCUUUUUAGUCCCCUAUUUGCUCUUUCUGCUGACAUGUGGUGUUCCUUUGUUCCUUCUGGAGACGGCUUUGGGCCAAUACACAAGUGCUGGAGGCAUCAUCUGCUGGAGGAAGAUCUGCCCUUUGUUUGAAGGUAUUGGCUAUGCCACUCAGUUUGUCAUCAUAUUCAAUAAUGUCAGUUACAUCAUCAUCCUGGCAUGGGCCCUCUUCUAUCUCUUCCACUGUUUCGGCUCAGAGUUACCUUGGGCCAGCUGCAACAACACCUGGAAUACACCUGACUGCAAACAAUUUGACCAGGAUGACCGCACCAUCAACUGGACAAAGCAGGAGAAUACCACCUCACCAGCAAAGGAGUUCUGGGAAAAUCAGGCACUGAAGAUCUCUAGUGGUAUUGAAGAGAUUGGUGGUCUACACUGGCAGAUGGCUCUGUGCCUCCUACUCGCCUGGACCAUCUGCAGCUUCUGCAUCUGGAAAGGAAUCAAAUCCACAGGAAAGGCAGUGUACUUCACAGCCACGUUCCCCUAUGUGAUCCUGCUCAUCCUCCUGGUACGGGGCCUGACAUUACCUGGUGCUAAGGAUGGAAUCAUCUUCUACCUGUACCCAGAGCCAUCUCGACUUGCAGAUCCACAGGUAUGGAUGGAUGCUGGAACUCAGGUUUUCUUCUCUUACACCUUGUGCGUUGGCUGCUUAAUAGCACUCAGCAGCUACAACAAGUAUACAAAUGACUGCUACAGGGACUGCAUUAACUUGUGUUUGCUGAACAGUUCAACAAGCUUUUUAUCUGGGUUUGCCAUUUUCUCUACUUUGGGCUUCAUGGCAUAUGAACAGGGAGUACCCAUCGAGGAAGUGGCUGAGUCUGGUCCAGGCCUUAUCUUCAUUGUGUAUCCAUAUGCCCUUUCCCUGAUGCCUCUACCACAACUUUGGUCCUGCUGCUUGUUCAUCAUGGUUACCCUGUUAGGACUGGACACUCAGUUUGUGUGCAUGGAAAGCAUUUUGACAGCCAUUGUGGAUAUGUUCCCUCAUGUAUUUCAAAAAGAAAGAAGAAGACAGCUGCUGUUGGGGGUCACCAGUGUCCUUUCAUUCUUAGUGGGGCUUCUAAUGGUCACUGAGGGUGGGAUGUACAUUUUCCAGCUUAUUGACCAUUAUGCAUGUAAUGGCACCUGUCUUUUGUUUAUUGGUAUCUUUCAAUCCAUAUGCAUUGGAUGGGUGUACGGUGCUGACCGCCUGUAUAAAAACAUUGAAGAUAUGAUUGGUUAUCGUCCCUGGCCUCUGAUUAAAUAUUGCUGGACUUUCUUCACACCAAUCAUUUGCAUCGGUACUUUUAUUUUCUCACUGGUGGAUUACACCCCACUGAAAUACAACAAUGUUUAUGAGUAUCCAUACUGGGCAUAUGUUCUAGGCUGGGUCCUUUCUAUGUCUUCUAUCACCUUGGUACCACUUUGGAUGCUUUUGAAGAUGACACUGGCAAAAGGAACUCUGCGUGAGCGUUUGGUUUCACUGUGCCAGCCCAGCGUCCAGUCAGACAUAUACAGAACCCAGAGGAGAGCAUACAGUGCAGGACCUGACUCAUCUGCGCAGUAGAAGCACAUCUGUCA